AUGGGUGAGGGCGCUGGCCUAACAUGCUUUUCUAAACUCUUCUAUACACCAUCCUGCGGGCGAUCGACCUCGACGUACUUCCAUCGGGCCCCAUACGAGGCGAUGAUACCGAUCUUGCGGAGGCUGGGGUCGCCCACAAAAGCGAAGCAUUUUCUUUCUAACGCUUUGAAGAUUGCGACUCCCCAACAAACUGGUGAUUCCGCCAGACGAAGACCAUUCAAACUUGUCCGUUCACCAAAGCAGCCCAAUGUUCAGUACUACGGAUAUGCAGUCGCUACCAAAUGGCUUGUCCAGUUCGCAGAACAACACUGGCCAGACGCUCUCCUCGCUCGCAAUGACAUGUGCUACGAGGAUGUUGCCACGACACGAGCAUAUGAGUAUAUCUCAGCUUGGUCGGGCAUCCACGAUUUAGGACAAAAAGACUGUUUCAAUCCCAAGGGUGGUUCGGUGCCUCCAGAGUGGAUUGCUCUUUACGAUGACGUUUACGACGACGUACUCGAUGACACUGAACUUGCGGCAAUUCAAAUUGACACCAUCCAGGUGUUCUCUGUGUGCUCGGAUCAUGACAAAGUUGAUCGGGCACCCGCCAGUGGUGGGAUUGAGCACGAGUGGAGUCCUUGGGAGGUUUUGGAAUGA